GAUUGUGAUCAAGAAUUUAGGAGCAGGGAGGGUUCCAAAACUAAAAGCGGUACAUUUAUGUCACCAUACUAUCCUAACAACUACCAACCACAGAUGCAGUGCCUAUACAAGUUCAUUGCUUUGCCUAGUGAGAGAGUGAAGGUUGAUUUUGAUGAUUUCGUUCUUCAAGGAAACCCUGCAGAGAGAUGCCAUGAAGAUUACGUCGACAUCUAUGCUGAACUGCAGCAACCAGAGAUCCGACUGGAGGAUGCAGAGACCACAAUUAGCGGCAGGUACUGCGGGCGCAUUGCUCCGCGGACGCGCAUAUCGCUCUACAACAUCAUUAUCGUUGGAUUCUACAGCAACGACAAUGUGCAAGAGCGGGGAUUCAACGCAUCGUAUCAUUUCAUGAAAGAUGAGCGGUAUCACGUUGGAGAAAAGGCUCCAGGAACAAUAUGCGACCAGACCAUUACAGCUGCAGCAUACUCCGAGGGACAGAUUCUCUCGCCCACAUACCCUGGUGCUUACCCAAACAAUCUUCACUGCACCUACAGCUUAGAAGGAAACCCAUUGCAGAGAAUACAGUUAAUAUUUGACGAUUUUGAUCUGUACUAUGGAGGACCACAUUGUCCGUAUGAUUGGCUAAAAGUACACGAUGGCCGUUCUACCGAUGCCCCUCUCAUCAACACUAUGCUGUGCGGAUACAAGCACCGGGGAAAAGUUAUCUUUUCUACGAAAGAAAACCUAUUUUUAGAAUUCCACUCAUCAAAGGCUCCGGAUUCAGAAAAUCUGGGCUUCAACAUUCAUUUCAAAUUCAGCUCUGAGUUUGUAAGCUUAAAUUUUCUCGGCCUGCCAGAAUAUCAUGUGCGAGGCACUGAGUGUGAUCAACGAAUCCCAAGCCGUGGCAUCUCCAAUGGCACAAUCAUUUCUCCUAAUUAUCCCCGGAAGUAUAUGCCCGGGCGCGUGUGCAAGUACCUGGUAGACGGUCUCAAUGAUGACCAAAAUCUGGAAAAGGUGAAUCUAGUCUUCCGAGAAUUCAACAUUCCACGAGAUGCUUAUGGAAAGUGUAAUGAUGGCUAUGUUGCAUUCUACCUGAAUGGUGAUGACACCGAAGGAAUGCCAAACCACCAGUGGUGUGGAAACUACACAUUCCACCCCGUCAUUUCUAAAGGACCUCGUUUACUUAUGGUGUUACAUAGUGGAAACUCGUCUGGUUGGGGAUUCAAAGCCCAAUACUCAUUUCUAACAGACUACGGUAUACCAGGCACAUUGUGUUCACAAAACGAUGUGACAGAAGGAUCCCCUCAACAAUGUUGUUUCACUUACUCUGGCAAAAGUCAGGAGUUAACGGGAGCGUUCGUUUCGCCACGCCAUCCGCAUAAAUAUCCUAGCAUAACGGACUGCAUAUACAACUUCGUUGCCAGCCCUAACCAGCUCAUUCGCAUUCGAUUCGUCAAGUUUGACUUGGCAUCUGAAGAUCCACCACCCGGGGUGUAUCCUCAUGGCACAGAAUAUUGUCAGGACGACUGGGUGGAGAUAUAUCAAAUCUGGUCAGACUCACCUAAGGACAGGGAAAUGAGAGUAGGUCGAUACUGUAAAUCGCUUACACCAGGGCCGUGGAUUUCAGAGCCAGGAGUUUCAAGGUUAAAGGUCUUGUUUCACUCUAACAAAGAUCACCAAGCUCAGGGGUUCAGCGCCGUUUACACAUUUGUUAAAGGAAAAGCUAAAGUUGCAGAUAGCAAGACAUCGGCGCAAGCACUGACCUACGAGCGAGAAACGAUUGAAACCAUAGAACUAGAAAUAGAAGACUUCUAG